GGGGAGGCGGUGGUACCGGGCAGAGCCCCGCGGGGAUCCGUGCCCGCGCGGUGCGCUCAGGCGUCGGCUUGGUCGCCUCUGGGUCCCGUGUGGCGAGGACGCGCAGAGCGUGCGGACGGGUCGUGCUCAGGGCCAGGCCGCGCCGGCGCAGCGACACGGACGGGUCGGGCCGAGGGACAUCCCGCACUGCUGCGCUGCGCGCCGAGGAGAGAGGGAGGGAAACUCUGGACCAGAGACAAAGGGGGGGGAGCCGAGUCGGGAACAUCCGGGUCAUUCACCGCCGCUUCAAUCCGGGACACGCGCGGGUGCUGCGGCCGAGCACGAGGGACUCUGAAUAUGUCUGGCAUAGCUCUUAGCAGACUUGCACAGGAGAGAAAAGCCUGGAGAAAAGAUCAUCCAUUUGGAUUUGUAGCAGUACCUACAAAAAAUCCAGAUGGCACAAUGAAUCUAAUGAACUGGGAGUGUGCUAUUCCAGGAAAGAAAGGGACACCGUGGGAAGGAGGCUUAUUUAAACUACGGAUGCUUUUUAAGGAUGACUACCCUUCGUCACCCCCAAAAUGUAAAUUUGAACCACCGUUAUUCCAUCCAAAUGUGUAUCCUUCAGGGACAGUGUGUCUCUCCAUCUUAGAGGAGGAUAAAGACUGGAGGCCAGCAAUCACAAUUAAACAGAUCUUGUUAGGAAUACAAGAACUUCUAAAUGAACCAAAUAUUCAAGACCCAGCUCAAGCAGAAGCUUACACAAUUUACUGCCAAAACAGAGUGGAAUAUGAAAAGAGGGUUCGAGCACAAGCCAAGAAGUUUGCACCAUCAUAAGCAUCUGUCAUGCAGCAUCUUAAAAAGGAAGGGAUUGGUUUGGCAAGAACUUGUUUACAAAACUUUUGCAAAAUCUAAUGUUGCUCUGUACAAUUAAUAUCCACUUAGGGGAGGGGGUUGUAUGUGUGCCAUUUUCCAUAUUCGCCACUUGUAUACAGUUCUAAAUUUGCUGAAUUGCCCCCAGUUUUUUCAUACAGGGUCUCUUCCUUCAGUCUUUUGUAUUUUUGAUUGUUAUGUAAAACUUGCUUUUAUUUUAAUAUUGAUGUCAGUAUUUCAACUGCUGUAAAAUUAUAAACUUUUAUACUUCUAUAAAUUCACUAGUAUCUCUAGUUACUUUGCUAUCUGAUGCAGGCAUGCUUUAAAAUGUUAGAACUAUAUUUAGCCUCUAGCUGGCUGUAUGAAAAAAAUCAUGCCCUCCACCCCCUUCCCUCCCUGAAUUUGUUUUUCUAUCUUUCAGAAACUAGGUUGUUAUUGCUUAAGAGCCUCUGAGAUCCAAAGUCAGCCAGCAUCCUUACUCUGCAUCACUUCCUUUGUGUUUAUAUGGCGUUCUGUCUGUGUUGCUGUUUAGAGUAAAUAAACUGUUUAUAUAAAGGG